GCUUCCGGCUCGGAUCGGAACCUGGAGUCCGGAUUCGAUCCGGGUGCGGACAUUCCAAAAGCAGAUCAGAAAUGGCAGAUGACGGCAACGAGGAGACCAUGUUCAUAUGGUGUGAAGAUUGUAAUCAGUAUCAUGAUUCAGAAUGUCCAGAGCUUGGUCCAGUGGUAACUGUCAAAGACUCCUUUGUGUUAAGUAGGGCAAGAUCAUCCCUUCCUUCCAACUUGGAGAUCAGGCAACUUGAAGAUGGAACUGAAGGUGUUUUUGCCAUAACUCAGCUGGUAAAACGUACUCAGUUUGGCCCCUUUGAAUGCAAGAGAGUUACCAAAUUGGAAAAGGAGCCAGCAUUUCUGUUGAAGGUUUUUCAGAAGGAUGGGCCUCCAGUGUAUUUUGACACCUCUAACGAAGAUUAUUGUAACUGGAUGAUGAUGGUGAGGCCAGCCAACCUAUAUGAACAUCAGAACCUGACUGCCUUCCAGCAUGAUAAUGAUAUUUACUUCACUACUUCCCGGGACAUCCCACCUGGAACUGAGUUACGAGUAUGGUAUGCUGCUUUCUACGCCAAAAAAAUGGAAAAGCCCGUUCUAAAGCAAGUUACUAGCAUCGGCAAUGCAGAUGUGUGUUUAGUUGUGAUGGAAUGUGAGCAAGAAGGAAACAAAAGCACUUCAAAUCCCAGUGUCUUUUCUCUCAAGACAAUAAAGAAUUUCCAGUCUGCUAAAGUGGAUCCUUCAGAACAUCUGCGGGGUCAUUCGGAGCAAGCCAAGGGAGCUCCACAGAGCAACCAGGGUGAUGCUGUUCCUGGAAAGGCUGUGGAGGCUGCCCCUGCAGACCAGCCUGUCACCUGUGAAAGUGCCAACACCUCGGUGGAUGUGAAAAGAAAACCCCGAAGGGGUAGAAAGCCAAAAACAGCAAAAGUUGAAACUCCUCUCGUUGUUGUGGAUGAUAAAGAACCUUCUGUGGAGCAUGUUGCUGAAAUUAUUACGGAGAUUCCACCUGAUGAUGCAGCCCUUCCGUCUCCAGCAGAAGAAAGGAUUAUGGAGUUGGUGUUAGGGAAGCUGCCUAGUACUGCAAACAGUAUAAAUUCUAUAACAAAGUUUCCUCAUCACCAGAGUUCCAUGUCCUUCAAGAGAAGUUUGAUUCUCUCCAGCAGGCAUGGGAUACGGCGCAAGCUGAUCAAGCAACUUGGGGAACACAAGCGAGUGUAUCAGUGUAACAUAUGCAGUAAGAUGUUUCAGAACAGCAGCAACCUCAGCAGACACAUUCGCUCUCAUGGUGACAAAUUGUUCAAAUGUGAGGAAUGUGCCAAGCUCUUCAGUCGAAAAGAGAGCUUGAAGCAGCAUGUUUCGUACAAACACAGCAGGAAUGAGGUUGAUAAUGAGUACAGGUUCAGGUGCACUACCUGUGAAAAAGCUUUUAGGAUAGAAAGUGCAUUAGAAUUCCACAACUGUAGAACAGAUGACAAGACAUUUCAGUGUGAGAUGUGCUUCAGAUUCUUUUCCACAAACAGCAACCUCUCAAAACACAAAAAGAAACAUGGGGACAAGAAAUUUGCUUGUGAGAUCUGCAACAAGUUGUUCUAUCGGAAAGAUGUCAUGUUGGAUCACCAGAGGCGACAUCUGGAAGGAGUAAGGCGUGUGAAACGGGAGGACUUUGAGCACAGUACGGAGAACAUGGUUCGCUACAAGAAAGAGCCUUCUGCAUGCCCUGUGUGUGGAAAGAUAUUUUCAUGUAGGAGCAAUAUGAACAAGCAUCUCCUGACCCAUGGUGAUAAAAAAUACACCUGUGAGAUUUGUGGCCGUAAAUUCUUCAGGGUAGAUGUGCUGAGAGAUCAUAUUCAUGUUCAUUUUAAGGACAUAGCAAUCAUGGAUGACCACCAGAGGGAGGAGUUCAUUGGCAAGAUUGGAAUCUCUUCAGAGGAAAAUGAUGAAAACUCAGAUGGGAGUGUGGACUCUGAGCCUCACAAGUAUAGCUGCAAAAGGUGCCAGUUGACGUUUGGCCGAGGAAAAGAGUACUUGAAACACAUCAUGGAAGUUCACAAGGAGAAGGGCUAUGGCUGUAGCAUCUGCAAUAGACGCUUUGCCUUGAAGGCAACUUACCACGCACACAUGGUCAUUCAUCGGGAGAACUUGCCUGAUCCCAAUGUGCAGAAAUAUAUCCAUCCAUGUGAAAUCUGUGGAAGGAUUUUUAACAGCAUAGGGAAUUUAGAACGGCAUAAACUUAUUCAUACAGGUGUGAAAAGCCAUGCUUGUGAACAGUGUGGUAAGUCGUUUGCAAGGAAGGAUAUGCUAAAAGAACACAUGAGAGUUCAUGACAAUAUCCGAGAAUAUCUGUGUGCAGAGUGUGGUAAAGGCAUGAAAACAAAACAUGCGCUGCGCCACCACAUGAAGCUUCAUAAAGGGAUAAAGGAGUAUGAAUGCACUGAGUGCCAUCGGAAAUUUGCACAGAAAGUCAACAUGCUUAAGCACUACAAAAGGCAUACAGCAGGGAUCAAAGAUUUCAUGUGUGAGCUCUGCGGGAAGACCUUUAGCGAGAGGAAUACAAUGGAGACCCAUAAACUAAUUCACACAGUGGGGAAGCAGUGGACAUGCUCUGUGUGUGAUAAAAAGUAUGUCACAGAUUACAUGCUUCAGAAGCACAUCCAGCUGACUCAUGAUAAGGUGGAAGCCCAGAGUUGUCAGCUCUGUGGGACAAAGGUAUCUACGAGAGCUUCCAUGAGUCGACACAUGAGGCGAAAGCACCCAGAGGUGCUUUCAGUUAGGAUUGAUGACUUGGACCAGCUCUCAGAGACCACUACUGUGGAUGCCUCUUCUAUAGGAAUUGUGCAGUCAGACCUAGCCCUGGAACAGGGAGAGUUACCUGAAGGCAAACACAUGAAAUCUCAUAAACGUGGCCACAAACGAAAACAUAAGUCUGGUGAAGAGGAGGAAACCCAAGUGCCUGAGGAUUCUGCUUUCAGUGAAUAUACGGAAAAAGAAGUGGAAUUCACAGGGAAUGUUGGUGAUGAAACCAAUUCAGCUGUACAAAGCAUUCAGCAGGUGGUGGUAACCCUUGGAGACCCCAGUGUUGCCACGCCUUCUAGCUCUGUUGGUCUGACCAAUAUCAGUGUUACUCCAAUCACAACAGCAGCUGGGACCCAGUUUACAAAUCUACAGCCUGUGGCUGUGGGCCACCUCGCCACUCCAGAACGCCAGUUACAGCUAGACAAUUCCAUUCUCACCGUGACCUUUGACACAGUCACUGGGUCUGCCAUGUUGCACGGUAAUCGCCAGAACGAUAUCCAGAUCCAGUCCCAGCCAGAGGCAACAAACCCUCAGUCAGUCGCCCAUUUUAUAAACCUGACAACUCUGGUGAACUCCAUUGCUCCACUGGGAAGCCAGAUAUCGGAACAGCACCCCUUAACAUGGAGGGCAGUGCCUCAAGGCGAUGUCUUGCAGACUCAGGCCCAGCCAGCACAACCGCCGACAGGCCAGCAACAGGUUCAAACCGAGCAGCAACAGCAGAUGUACAGCUACUAACUUAGAGCCUGCAAGAAGUUGCCAAACUGUGAAUGGGCUUGUGGGAGCCUAUCGGACACAUUGUAAGCUGAAUCAAUGGCUGGAAACCAAACCAUGUUGGAAGAGGCUGUAUAAUGAUAUUGGCCCUGCAGUUUGAAAUUCAGGGGCCUUGAGAAUCGUGUGCAGAUACUCAAAAGUAUGGGUAGCUUCAGCUCAAAAUAGUUGACCAGGGCUAGUGACAAUUCUGGGGUCUCAAAGGAGUCAUGAUACUCUUGACUUGGGACAGUGGGGGGAAAGAAGUAAUAAACACAACUACAAGUGUCUUCAAAAUGUUUGUAAGCUGUCCAGAGACACAUAGUGAUUGGACGGGUUAGAAAUAUCCCAAAUAAAAAUAAAAUAAUGAAAUGAAAUAAAAUCAUUGGGCAAGAAUAUUUAUAGUGUAAAGCUCGCGGUCAGCCACGAUUUGUUAGACUGGCUGUGGUCUGUAAGAGCAUAACUGAGUGAAAAAGAAGUGUUUCGUUUUCUCUUUCUUAGACCAGUUCUGUAUCUACUGGAACUUAUGGAAAAAUCAGUGGGUGGCAGUAAGGUGGGAAAUAGUUUGUGAUGUGAAAUGUCCCUCAUUUCAUGCAUCUUCCAUUAUGGUGGUGGGGAAAGCACACUAGCAGUCAGAUGAUGUGGUGUGCAGCUUGAAAUACAUAGCCAGCCUGAUAUUAGAGCAACAUUGAUGGUUUUCUACCUAGUCAGUUUAAAACUCAAAGCAAGCUUGUUGUGAAAUAAAUCCCUAAUGUGAUCAUAGAACCCUUUACAGAAAUGCUUGUCAAUUAAAUUUUAUGUUUAGCUAAUAGGCCUGAGGAGCCAUUCUUCCCAUUGAAAUUGAGUUUCCCACUUGGCUGUUCUUUCACUAAUUAGACUUCUAUCAUGUCAUCAAUAUUUGUGGUGGGAUUCAGAUAAGUCAUUCUUCCAUAGUGCCCUUUGUAAUUCUCUCAAUGUUCUUGGUGAAUAUUUGACAAUUCAGGGACAUUUUGUAAGCUGACCGUGUAUCUUUUCAUUUCCCUUUUUGUAAUAAUUGAUACAUGGAUUCUGCUGAGGAAAAAAGUAAAAUGCACAGUAACAUACUCCCUGGGUGCAAAUAGUGUAAUAAUACCCAUUGUAGGCUAUGUUGACCACAAGAAGGCAGCUUGUGCUAAUGGUAAUGAAAAACACUGAUUGAGCAAAGAAGGUAGGAAGUUGUAGAGCGGUUGCAUCAUCUGAAGGGGGCACCAGUGUACCUUUUGUUUGCCAUGUCUGGCAUAAAUUCCAGUUCAGUCUGCUAUGAAAUGGCUAAUGUUGUCCUCUUAAAAUAAAGGAGAGCAGUCCAGCAUCUGAUAAAGAAUAAUGAAUAAAAGUUUCUCUUGCCUUUGCA